CAGCUUCCGGGGUAAACGGAAGGCAGCAGAAGAGAGCAGUACUGCCUUGUAACGUCAAGUGUGCCAAGUGAGCAGGACGCUAAUAAGUCAGUCUUAUUAUUUGUUAUCCAGUUUAUAAUAUUUACGGCGCAUAAAAUACAUCUUUGAUUCAUUAUUUAAGGAUAAAGUGGUCUGGAUGCGCUAGAAGCACUGUGCCGCUUCUCCUCCUAUCUUUGCUUGUUAGUUAGCUUAGCUGGCUAGUUAGCUUAGCUUGUUAGCUGCUAACAGAAGACACAGAAGUUAUCAACACAUCGCUAAGUAGAGAUCAAGUGUGAGAGUAAAGUGUUGUGAUUGUGUGAAAAUGUGCGAAAGAAUGAUAGCAAAGUAUGAGGAGGAACUUUGUCGUACAAAAGAGGAGAAGGAGCGACAACAUCAACUACUGGACGCUGUUUUCAAGAAACAUCAAGUUGUGUUACACAGAACAGAUGUCUGUGAAGAACAACGUCUGCCUGAAAAACAGGAGUGUAGCUUCAGGAUGGUGAAGGAGGAUCCAUCGAAGAGGAAGACCAGGCUCCACGGACCCUCUGGCGUCUCCUUUUCCUCUUUGACACAGACACCUCCCUGUAAAAAGGAAGAGGAAGACUCACUGACGCCCCCACAUUAAAGAGGAAGAGGAGGAACACAACAUCAGUCCAGAGGGAGAUCAUCUUGAAGGACUGGAGGAGUUCCCAGUGACUGGUGUCCCUGUGAAGAGUGAAGAUGAUGAGGUGAAAGGUGAAAGUGAGGAGAGGGGAGGGGGGGAGCCUCCAAGCAGCAGCUCAACACAACACAUGACAACAGAAGCUGAUGGAGACCACUGUGGAGGAUCACAAGCAGACAAGCUCUUAGCUCCACUAUCAGAUAGUGAGGACACAACGUCACACUCUCCUGACACUGAUGAUGAAGACUCUAAAGAUGAUAAGACAUGUCACACUGACAACACUCACUUCACAUCUUCUCACUCUCACAAAACUUUUAAAUACCAUUGUAGUCUGAAAGUACACAUGAAAACACACACUGGAGAAAAACCUUUUUCUUGUUCAAUCUGUAGUAAAGGUUUUACACAACGUCAGAAUUUGAAGGUACACAUGAGAACACACACUGGUGAAAACCCUUUUAUCUGUUCAAUCUGUGGUAAAGGUUUUGUCGAAACUCACAAAUUGAAAGAACACAUGAGAACACACACCGGUGAAAAACCUUUUUCUUGUUCAAUCUGUGGCUUAUCUUUUUCAAGGAAGCAACAUUUGAAAGUACACAUGAGAACGCACACUGGCAAAAAACAUUUUUCCUGUUCAGUCUGUGGUAAGGGUUUUACAAAUGGUCACAAUUUGAAAGUACACAUGACAACGCACACUGGAGAAAAAUCUUUUAUCUGUUCAAUCUGUAGUAGAGGUUUUGUUCUAAGUAAAUAUUUGAAAGUACACAUGAGAAUGCACACUGGAGAAAAACCUUUUUCUUGUUCAAUCUGUAGCUUAUCUUUUUCAAGGAAGGAACAUUUGAAAGUACACAUGAGAACACACACUGGCAAAAAACCUUUUUCCUGUUCAACCUGUGGUAAAGGUUUUACACAAAGUCAGAGUUUGAAAAUACACAAGAGAACACACAUUGGAGAAAAACCUUUUUCUUGUUCAAUCUGCGGUAAAGGUUUUACACAAAGUCAGAGUUUGAAAGAACACAUGAAAAUACACAGUGUAGAAAAACCUUUUUCUUGUUCAAUUUGUUGUAAAAAUUUUUUAAAUCGACAGUCUGUAAAAGUACACAUGAGAACACACACUGGCGAAAAACCUUUUUCCUGUUCAACCUGUGGUAAAGGUUUUACACAAAGUCAGUGUUUGAAAAGACACAUGAGAACACACACUGGUGAAAAACCUUUUUAAUGUUCAACCUGUGGUAAAGGUUUUACACAAAGUCAGUGUUUGAAAGUACACAUGAGAACACACAUUGGUGAAAAAACUUUCUCCUGUUCAACCUGUGGUAAAUGCUUUGCACAAAGUCAACAUUUGAAAAGACACACUAGAACACACACUGGUGAAAAAUCACUUUCCUGUUCAAUCUGCUACAGAAAUUUUGGUGACCGAUCAAACUUUGAACACAUGAGAAGACACCCAGGAGAGAAAGUGUUGAGUUGCAGUGUGUGUGGUGAAAGAUUGUCUUCUAAGUACCAGUGUAAGAAACACAAGUGUGCUGGUGAGAACAGCAGCAGCAAAUGAAACUGCAGGAUUUGAAAUAAACUGUCCAGACUUUCA